UAUUUAGACGACGACGACGACCCUAAGACCCGAUCCUCCGUCGGUGCAAAUUUCUCGCUCUGGCUCACUUCGCUGGGAUUAAAAGAGCCUCUUCCUGGCAGCAGCCAUGAAUUCAGCGGAGCAAACCGUUACAUGGCUGAUCACCCUGGGGGUGCUAGAGUCGCCCAAAAAGAGCAUCUCGGACCCGGAGGGAUUCUUGCAAGCCUCUCUGAAAGACGGGGUGGUGCUGUGCAGGCUGUUGGAUCGCCUGCUGCCGGGCACCAUAGAUAAAGUCUAUCCGGAGCCCCGCACGGAGAGCGAGUGCCUGAGCAAUAUCCGCGAGUUCCUUCGGGCAUGCGGCGCCACCCUUCGCCUGGAGACAUUUGAUGCAAAUGAUCUCUAUCAAGGACAGAACUUCAGCAAGGUGCUCAGCUCCUUAGUUGCGCUAAAUAAAGUAACAGCAGACAUUGGCCUAGGAAGUGACUCUGUGUGUGCAAGGCCAUCAUCUCAUCGAAUAAAGUCUUUUGAUUCCUUAGGAUCCCAGUCUCUACAUAGUAGAACUUCAAAACUUUUUCAGGGCCAGUAUCGAAGUCUGGAUAUGACAGACAACAGCAACCAGCAAUUGGUGGUAAGAGCAAAAUUUAAUUUUCAACAGACCAAUGAAGAUGAACUUUCUUUUACAAAAGGAGAUAUUAUCCAUGUUACAAGAGUCGAAGAAGGAGGCUGGUGGGAAGGCACUCACAACGGCAAGACAGGCUGGUUUCCUAGUAAUUAUGUACGAGAAGUAAAAUCAAAUGAAAAACCUGUUUCCCCCAAAUCGGGUACUCUGAAGAGUCCUCCAAAAGGAUUUGAUACAUCUGCUCUUAGCAAAAGUUAUUAUAAUGUGGUGCUACAGAACAUUCUAGAAACUGAAAAUGAGUAUGCUAAGGAACUACAGACCAUGCUUUCUAACUACCUGCGACCCUUACAAGCUAGUGAAAAGUUAAACUCUACUGAUACUUCGUAUUUAAUGGGAAAUCUAGAAGAAAUCAGUUCUUUUCAGCAGAUGCUUGUACAGUCAUUAGAAGAAUGCACCAAGUUGCCUGAAGCUCAGCAGAGGGUUGGUGGUUGCUUCCUAAAUUUGAUGCCACAGAUGAAAAAUUUAUACCUUGCGUACUGUGCCAACCACCCAUCAGCUGUAACUGUUCUCACAGAACACAGUGAAGAGCUAGGAGAAUUCAUGGAGAUGAAAGGAGCCAACAGUCCUGGGAUUCUUGUAUUGACCACAGGCCUGAGCAAGCCCUUCAUGCGCCUGGAUAAAUACCCCACAUUACUCAAAGAACUUGAAAGACACAUGGAGGAUUAUCAUCAAGACCGACCAGACAUUCAGAAAUCCAUGACAGCCUUCAAAAAUCUUUCUGCACAAUGUCAAGAAGUAAGGAAACGAAAGGACCUUGAACUCCAAAUAUUAACAGAAGCUAUCCGCUGCUGGGAAGGCGAGGACAUUAAAACACUUGGGAAUGUUAUUUAUAUGUCACAAGUCAUGAUUCAAUGUACUGGUAGUGAGGAAAAGAAUGAAAGAUACCUUCUUCUCUUUCCUAACAUUUUGCUCAUGCUGUCUGCCAGCCCUCGGAUGAGUGGGUUUAUCUAUCAGGGGAAGCUGCCAUUGACAGGGAUGACCAUUGUAAAGCUAGAAGAUAGUGAAAAUCACAGAAAUGCAUUUGAAAUAUCAGGAAAUAUGAUUGAACGAAUAUUGGUAUCUUGCAAUAACCAACAAGAUUUGCAUGAAUGGGUAGACCAUUUGCAGAAGCAAACCAAAGUAACAACCAUUGGGACUCCAGUUAUUAAACCUCAUUCUGUGCCAUCUCACACGCUUCCUUCACAUCCUGUUACACCAUCUGGCAAACAUGCAGAUAGCAAGCAAAUGCCAUUGACCCCGGUAUACCACACUCUUCCACAUCCUUCACAUCAUGGGACGCCUCAUACCACUAUAAACUGGGGGCCCCUGGAGCCUCCUAAAACUCCUAAGCCAUGGAGUUUGAGUUGUUUACGGCCAGCACCUCCAUUACGGCCCUCAGCAGCACUCUGUUACAAAGAGGAUCUCAGCAAAAGUCCUAAAACCAUGAAAAAACUGUUGCCCAAGCGAAAACCUGAACGGAAACCAUCUGAAGAAGAGUUUGCAUUGAGAAAAAGCACAGCUGCAUUAGAAGAGGAUGCUCAGAUUCUAAAAGUCAUUGAAGCUUACUGCACAAGUGCCAAAACACGACAAACAUUAAACUCAAAAGGCCCAUCUUUUCCCUGAUUCCACAUCAGACUGUGUUGGACACUCAGGAGUUUCAGAAGUGGUUUGCAGCACAGGUGUCUGGUGUGCCAAGAAGAAAAACAUAAAUGGUGUAUUGGAGUAUUUGGAAGCUCCUCCUUGUGUCUACACCGCUCAUUGAGCUGUGGCUGGCAAAGGACAGACAGGUGCUAGUAUGUACAUGAGUAACAAUACUUCAUAGAGCACUUUCUGUAGUGGGGAAGAAAUCUUUAGAAGAUAACCCACUUGCAAAGUUCUUUUUAAAAAGACAGGGCCACAUUUUGGAAGUGCCAAGUCUCCCUAUUGGCUCAUUGAAAUCCAUACAGGUUGAAUUAGGGUGGGGAGGUACAGGGGGUGUUUCUUUUCAUAUUCCUUAUGCCUGUGACAUGUAUAUAAUUUUAUUAAUUUAUUUUAUAAGCACAUAAUCCACCCAUCCUAGCAAACAACUUUUUAUUUAAGUUAGUACUCCCAUGAACUUUCUAAGGUAUUUUAUAUGUGCAACAAAUAAUACAGGAGCUGAGGAUAUUCUGAGGGAAAUUCUGUUAUGCAGAAAAUCUUUUAAAAUGUAAUCUAAACAAAUGCUACAAUUGCCAUUAGAAAACCUGAUUAGGCAACUUUUUCCCUCUAGAGUGUGAAAUUUUCUGGACAAGUAUACCUAGUGUUCUAAUGCCACUCUGAACAAACAAAAGCAAUUCUCAUUCCAUUGUUUCUCGCUGACAAAUUUGAUCAUAAAAGCUUGUGAUUUCUCAGAUGAUAGUAAACAUCUCUAGUUAUCUAGUUUCCACUGCUUGAUGACUUAACAGGAUAUGAAUGAUCUAACCAAGGAUAUUGAAAUGGACAAUGUUGAGACAGUAGAUGAAAAAUGACUUGCGCUUAAUUCUGUGUACAGUAGUUCAUAGAUAAACAUUCCUAAAUUGAAGUGCUCAACAGAAAGAUUCUAACUUGCUAGCCAUCAAAUAGCAAAGAAAGCAAAAUACCUGUAUUCUGUACCCAGUUGAACUGGGGGUCCUGAUCCCUAAGAGACAGUCUUGGCUGUAGGGACAUGCAUUAGAUUGCCAUUCUGCAGCUCAAGUGUUGUGGAAGGUGGGACCCAGUUGCAGGUUUCUCCCACUUAUAGCCCCCAUUAAUGGCAUCAUACCAACACUUCAUGUUGCAAUGCUGUACCAUUGCCAAAAGUGGCAUAAGUGGUCUUGUAUGGCACAGCAACGACCCACAGGAAUGACUCAAGAACACCAAUUCAUAGUGCUGUUAGCUUCUGUUUUUCUAGAGCAGGAAUCCUUUCUUAGCACAUAACUGAACAAGAAUUGAUAUAUUCUCAUGGGUGGUACAAUGGGGAUUAAAUUAUGUCCAGGUUUGCAACAAGAGGCUGCAGUGUGAAUAGAGAAGAAGGCGCUUUUGAACCCUUUUCAUUCUGGCUGUUCUGGGCAAAAUAUUUCACCUGGUUGAAAGCGUGUGGGUAUUCGGAUUUCUCCUUCUCAGUGUAAGUGGAAUAAAAGCUGAGAGGAGGUGAUUUAGAUGGAAAAUGGCCAAAGGGAAAACAGCUCCUCUCCUUGCUGUUUAUCUACUCAUACUUGCAGCCUCUCCUGUGCAGUUUCUUAUGACGACAAAACAAGUUAGAAAACUGUUUGGUGUGCCUGCAGCAUUAAGUUCUAGUUAGUCUCCUGGAAAAGAUUGGGCACAGAAUGUUUCUGUACUCCAUAUUGCCAAACAGUGUUCCUGUAAACCUCCUUAACCCAUCACAUACAUAUUUUUAAAUCUCAGUAUUCACAAAACAAACAAUUGAUGACACUAAAGACAUAGAUCACUGUUCCCAUUAAUUAAUAGCAUCCUGGUUUUAGAAAAGAGAUGUUUUUUACAAUGGCUAAACGGUUUUUUAAUAACACUCUGAUGCUCUUAUGAUGUAUUAUGAAUCUGAAAUCCUGGAACUUUCCAAUUCAGGAUUGUGUUUAACUUGUUCUGAAUAUUCAAAGUUCUGAUAAUCAUCAUUAUUUACCUUUACAGUAGAUUUCUUUGGUGUAAUAAUGCCAUUAAAUGUCCUUAUCAGGAUUCACACUGUUGUAGUCUGAUUGCUUUUAAGAAUGGAUCAUUCUGGAUCAGAAAUAUUAAUUCAGCAAGCAUAAGGAAAUCAUCCAGUGUUAAAAUGAUGGUAUUCAGCCCAAAGUUUUAGUGUUUUAUUUUUGUGGAACUUAAAUAAUAUAAACAAUGCUACCUUAUGUUAUGCAAUCUGUAAGAUAAGUGUGUACAGCUAGUAUUAGUAUGAAGGCGUACAAAAUUCAGAUUAGAAUGUAGGUGUGAGGCAUUGUGGGUCCCUUUCACAUGGCGUAAAUAGUAUUGCCAUUCAAUUAGUAUUUACUGUAAGUUGGCACUAAGCUAUAUUGUGUGUUUUGCAUAUUCAUGGCAAAACACAAUAAUAUGUGUAUAUAGUGACGUAAAAAAGAAUAUAUAUUGUGCAUUUCAUUUAUGAAUGGGAGAAGCCAUUUUUAGUAACUUACUGACUUUUGAAAACAGAAUAUAGAUGUAUAUUUGAAUGUGCAUUGUAUUGUACAGUUUGCAUUUUUAUUGUUUGUGGUGGCAUAUAACAACUUAAGUGUUUUCUUUUUUAAAAGGUAUUUGUUAUGUACAGUUGAAAUAAAUUUUGCAUUUACUAGCCUAUGCCUUUAAUAUUAAAGUUAUUAUGCCAUUAAAAGGGCAACAUCCUUCUAUAAUUUCAUUUUUUAAAACCCAUGUAGAAACCAAGGACCUGGAUAUAUGUUGUUUGGUCUGCUUCUGUGCUGUGGGGGAUUAUUGUACAAUUAUUCUUCUUUGCCUUGGGUUUUAUCUACCUUUCCAAAACAUCUUUUCAUUUUCAAGUAUUAGCUUCUGGAUUGUAGUUGUAAUCUACACGAUUUGGGUUAUUUGUAGGUUAAACAAUCCAGACCUAAGCUAUGGUUCAUUCUUAGUGUUGUUUGAUCCACAAAUAAUCCAGAGUGUCUUGAUUUUUUACAUUAUGUUAACAGCAUACAAAUGGGACAUUCAUAGGUUGUUGCUACAAACUGAAAGCAGCUCAUACAUGCUGCAUGUCUGCUUCUGAAUGCUACCAUUGCAUGAGAGCAGCUUCACUGGCCACAUACAGACAUAAAAUUAAAUUGCAUUUCAGCAUUGUGUGAAUGAGCCCGUUUAACCCAUAGUCUGUUGUAGGGUCAUUUAAGCUUCAUCAGUUCUUGCUCCCUGGGUCCAGCUUACACAAGGGAGCAGAAUGUUCAAAAAGGCCACAAGUGUGCACCACAGCCUACUGUGGCGUAAGAAACUGUGUUGGUCUGCAGUAAUCAUGUGAACCAGCUCAGUAAAUUUGGUUUAACAUGUUUAUGGUGAGAUGUGACUGACCUGUGUUAUUUUUUAAGAAAGAAAAAAUAGCAUUUUGUUUGCGAUCUCUUUUAAAAAAAAAAUAAAAUACCAACACAAUCUAGAGAAACAUUUCUAAAAUUUUAUAGAUUUUAUAGUCUAAAAAUCAUCCAUUUCUAUCCACUCGGCAUGUGUUUGAAGGCAGUUGUUUUUACUUUUCUUUGUCUUUGGUGAGGUGGUUGCUUAGGUAACAAGGGGAAAAUGGGCCGGAACUUAAACUUGAAGAUCUUUGAAGGGGCGUCAGGAUAGGUAUUUAAAAGUAUGUAUAUGGACCUGGGGCGCAAUCCUGGAGGCUGGCCCACUCAUAUUAAUGGAAGGAGCAGCUCCAUAUGCACAAUGUAGCAUCCCAGGUGAGUGAGGGAGCUUUUGUAUCAUUGAUGGUGUCCUGGCACCCAUGAGAAGUUGAUUGACGGAGGUAUGCGCACAUGUAUGUAAACUAGCUCUUGGUUUCUACUGCAUUCUAAGUACAGAAUCUGGAUUUUUAACAUUAGUUACCAUCUGUAAUGCUCUUAACAUUUUAUCUGAAGAAGAUACUGGAGAAGAUCCUGCUACGCAGAUAAUAUCUUGUUACUGCUAUAUUGGCAACCCAUCUGAACCAAUCAUAAUGGCUUUUUUCCUACUCAACAUCUCCAUCAGUUAGGGCUUUAUGGGCAGGUCUCUUUCUGAAGGAAGUAUUCCUGUGUCAGUUUUCAUUGCAGUCCAAAAACUUAAUACCUUUUUUCCUUUUGUUGAGGACUUGUUCAGUUCACCCAAGAUACCAGAAACUGCUUCUGUAACUUCAUGAUAUAUUGAACUUAUGAUUUCUUAUAGCAGCCACCCUGUGUGCUUUAAUCAGAACAGCAAGAGUUAAUUCUAAAUAAGCAUGCAUAGGAUCAGGCUGUGAAUCUUUUUAACAGAUUUUCCUUUUAUAAGCAGCCUGAAAACUCCAACUGUUUUUAUUAGUAUCAAUCCUUGGUCACCCUUGGUGACUUAAAAUUGUCUGUUUAGCUAUAUAGAUUUUCUAAAUAUUUUCUUAUUCAAAUAUUGCCAGUUUAUUUCACUGGGUGAUGCAACAGCUAAGAGGAAUAAAAUGGAGAAAAGUGCUAGUGAAGUAGAUUAAGAUUGAAAACACAGAUAAUGCUUAUGUAGAAAUUGAUAGUAGAAAUUGUGAUAGAAUUUGAAAUCUUAGUAAUAACAGUAAUCCAUGGUAGCAGUCUUCAAUAAACCAGAGUUAUUAAUAGGUAUGAAUUUUGCUGGGUAAAAGUAACCGAAUCAGUGAAUAGAGUGGUUCAAAUCCUAGACUGAUCUUUCCUUCAUGUAAGGGAUGAUGUUUCUUCCUCUGCCUGCAGAUCUCUGUGCCAUUCCCUUAACCAUUCCCUAGACAUCCCCAGCCCCCAGGAGCAUAUUUUGGAGGUGGUGUGCAAAGGUCAGUAGAAACGCUCCAGUCUAUAUGAAUGGGAACUCAGUUUCAUUCACAGAAGAAAAGUUAGUAUCCAAGUCAAUAAAAUCUGCUGAUAAUGGUUGGCUUGAUUUAUAAUUUUUUGCCAGUUGACACUUCCCAGUAAAUGUCACCUACAACAAGCAUUGCAUUGUUUUUUCUUCCUAAGUUUUCUGCUAAAGGUAUUCAAAAGCUAACUUGCAAUGCAACCAUUACUAUAAUACCUUAUUAUUUCAAAAUUAUGCCUGAACAUUUCAGCCGCUUUACAUUUUGACAAAUCCAAUUAAUUGGAAUAAACACAAACAGUUGAAAUGUUAUCCACCCCAAAUUAAGCUGCCAGGUCAUGGUCCAAAAUAAAGUGCUGAGCUCAGUUUUUUCAGAAUGAACUCCCUUUUCCUUAGUUGAAAGUAAAUAUGAUGCACCUAGUACAGGUUAUGAACCUAGUAUAGGAAGUGGAGGAAUCCAGAAUUCUCCACUCCUGCAGUUUGCAUUGCCAUAAAAGGAUCUGUGGAAACAAAUGGAGCUUUUCUUGGCAGUGCAAAUCACAAUGGGCCCAGGCUGGCAGGGAGGGCAAGGAAGUGCCCCCCCCACCCAAACCUUCAUUCUGGGGUCUCCAGAUCCUACUUGCUUACUUCUCAGCAAUGGGUGGGAGAGAGACGGCUGCCAGUUGCACCUUUAAUGCUACAUUUGAUUUUCAAUUUUACUUCUUUUGAUAUGAGAAUCUUCAGUUUUAAUUUGGUUAAAGUGAAAUAUGAGCAGAGUCAGUAAUAAACACUUAGUUCAUAGUUGCCUUAUUAGCAAAUGUCUCUUAGAGUAUUGCAUUGACAAAAUAAAUUCUUAGUUUGUGGUUUCUUCAUUAUUGAAGACCAAAAGAUUUGAAUAGAAACACAAUCUGGGGUUUGGUACUGGACAAUUGGCUUGGCAGCGGCAAAUGCUGUUAUGCAGUCUACUAUAAUGGGUAAAUAGAGGUUAACUUGCAACUGUGGGAUGUCUUGGACAAUUUUUGCCCCUUGAACUUCCCUCCCAGGCCAGGUCUGCAAGGGGUGACUUGAAAAUAAUAUUUUAAAAAUGUGAGAAGAAAGGCAUCCAGAGAACCCAAAAAGGUCAGAUUUAGCCUGCAAACAAGAAAAAAACAACCACUGUUGGUGCUCCAUACUUCUCAGUACACCAUUAUUUUUUCUUUUUAAAUUGGUGGCAGGAGGAGCCACCAAGUGAAACCCCAUCCCUAGCUUUUCCUCUCAGAUAGGAAGGAUGGGAGUUCCUUCAGACAAGGAAUCUUACAAGUGCUACUGACAUAGCCAGAUCUGUCAAAAACCUGGCAUGUGGGGAGCAGAUAUCAGAAAUUGCCCCAACUUAUCCAAACAUAGGGGUUUAAUGGUGCAAUCCUUUUGGAAUAAUGCAAGUCUAUGAACUUGGAGACUGCUCUAUUUGCAGCAAAGGCUCUCCCCAGCUCUGCAAAGAAGUUUUGUACUUCUUAAAUAGUUAAAUAAGUUAUGAUGUAUUCCAAUUGCACCUAAUAUGUGCCCUUGUAGGUAUAGUAGUCGGGUGCCUUGAUUCCCAAAUCCAAACAUAACUAUUGAAAAAAAAUGCUAAGAAUUAGAUGGAUUAAUCUCAUUUUUGGCAGAGCAAUCCUAUAGAGAAGACAGCUGCUGGAGGAGAUACCUUCACCUCCCACAGCAUGCAGCUGUGAAAAGGACUCCAAAAGGUAGCCAAGGUAUGUCUUCUGUCAAACAUGAUAGAAUGUGUGGGUUUACCUGAUGCAGUAACACAUUGUGGGUAACUAGCCACAAUGUAUCGCCAUGUCAUGCAAAGCUGGACUGCUUCCUUUAGGGUGGCUUGUUUGUGAUCAACCCCUAGUUUGUUGUAGGAGGAGUUUGACUCACAGUUGGUUGACAUGUCAUCCUAACAUUGACAACUGACCCUCACUUGCAUCUAAGCCAUGAUGAAGCUGUAUAUAUAUUUCCCUGUUCUCCCCUUCCCCCCAAAAAAGUGAUUUACCAGAAUUUUAAAAAGAAAUACCAGCUGUCAAAAGAAACCUUCUAAAAGAGGAACUACCUCAUCAUUCUUACUUUCUCAAGUAAACAGAGACCAGGAAAGUGCAGAGAUCCCCAGAAAUGAUUUUGCAGCAUAUUUGCAGGGUGGAUCACCAUGUUGAGAAGAUUCACCUUGUGGGUUGGAUUUGCUAGUUCCCCCUUUCUGUGUGAUAAACUAUGUGGAAGUCCAUCUUGUGUUGCCAAGAGGGAAGAAUAAAAUUCCUAAAUAUACCAGUGAUUCAUUUUAAAGCAACUCCUUGGAAAGAGCCCUAGGAAAACAUGACCACCAUCCCCACCCCCCAGCUGCUGCACUGAUUAGGGGAGCAGGAAAUGUGUUUUCCUGGCCUUCCCCAGAGUAGAACAGGAGAACACAACCACACUGCUCGUUACAGCAGGUGCCCUGUGGGCAAGCAAUGCAGCAAAUGUGAAAAGGAGCAGGUGAGUUCUUCUGGCCCUCCUGCAUGGCCCAUCUCUCUUCCAGGACAAGCAGCAGGGAGCCUCUGACAGCUGCUUUGAAGUACUCCUAGCCCUGUGAUAGAGGGAAAAAAAGAGAGGGAGCCUCUCUUUUACUGUUGCUUGUCCUGCACAGCACACUCUCAACACAGGAAGGGUGCAUAUAGUUCAGUUCCAAGCUGGUUGCCAGGGCUGUGGUCAGAGCUUGAUGUCUUUCAAUUGCUUAGCUUCUGGUUCUUGCACCCUUUUAUUUGUACUUGCUUCUGUGGGAAUAGCAAGACUCCUGUUGUGCUCAGACAUAUUCUAAUUACUUGAUGGGUGCUUGGUUGCUCUUGAUGACCUUAGCCAUCUGCUGACUGCUAAGUGAUCAUGUCUGUUUUUAUGGGUAAAAGGUGAGUUCUUUGUGUUUGCCAGCUGCUAUUGAUGGGAGAAUGUUCAGGUGCCUGAGGUUUCCUUCCUCCAGUUCCCCUCCAGUUGAUUUACUGCGCCCACUCAGGACAAUGGUAGCCAUCCUGUGCAGGGUCCCUUUGCCUAAUCUCUUUGAGGGAAAUCUCUUCAGAUUAUGCAUGCCCUUUCAUCCACAAGAAUCCCAUCGAGCUUCCUUCAUUCCUUUUCUCAUUCACGCUGGCUGGCCCUGGUCACAGGUCACUCCUCCCUAACCCUGCACACCCCAUGGCUUAAGAGCUUGCUUUUACAGUGGUUGGCAUACAACCAGGAUUAAUGCUAAUUAUAUCCAUGUGCUAGAGACAAGCCAGACUGCAUUGCUUUCUACACAGUGUGGCUUGAGAAGUUGUGUGAACCCAACCUGUAUGUAUUCACAGAACUCAUAACUGACUCAUGGACUUCACUGGGAUGCUUUCCCUCACUGCAGGAGAAAGGAUGGAUCCGUGUACUGUGUGAAUUUUCAUUCUGUUCUGUGGAUGGAGGGCAACUUGCCUUACCUCCUCUAGAUGCAAGUCCCUGGGCAAGAGGGAUAUGCAUGGGAAUGUCAGUGGCUUCCUCAGGCAGUGGUCAUUUGAGUCCAGCAGCUACUAGCAGACGCUAGUACUCCAACUUGCUGGGGGUGUGGAAUAGUUUACCCUGCCUUGCCUUUUCAUGAAGGCUCUCUUAGCAAGCUUUUAGAAUGUUUUAGUUUUAAUUAACAGUGGGUAGGGAGUCAAGCAGUUGAGGCUUACAGGCCUCUCUACCCUCAGCUUUUCCUCGCUUACAAAGGCAACAGUUAUAGUUUCACUGAUGAUUGUGAUUUUUGUACACAAAAAAAUACAUAUGAAUCAGGCUAUUGGUUCAUUUAGCACGAUUCUCUCUGCAUUCUGGCUCUCAGUCUUACUCUCCAGGUUUUCUGUCAGCAUUUCAUCCCAGCUAUACCUGGAGAUACUGAGUAUUAAACCUAGAACAUUUUGCUUGAAAAUACAUGGGUACCUUUAUCUUUCCAUACUAUCAUGGGUGGAAAAUUUCUAUGAAGACACACAGGUAAGUAAUACACAUCUUUGGUUGUUACUAGGAGAUAGCAAAAAGCCCACUUGACUGCAAAGGUAGAAAACAUGCAUCAGAAUAAUCCUUGUAUCUGUAUCCCUUUUAGACUAUAGCAAUACAAAUUCAGUAAAAUUAACUAGUAUGACAUGUAAAUUGAGCACUUGAAGGCUAGUAGACACUUGCAGUCCAGAAGGAAAAUGCUCCUGGAUCUUGGUUGAUGAAUUUAAUUUCAACUGACCAGUGUAAUGCAGCUGCAAAGAUGACUAGGAUAUUUUUGGUAAUUCUGCUAGAUAUUCAGAGCAUUACUAGUAUAAAGUUCAACUUGAGAAGCUGUUUAGUUUUAGUAAAUCAUGUUGGAUUGCGAAUUCCCAUGCUUAAUAAAAAUCCAAUCCAUUCCUUGUAUUUUUGCCAGUAUUUCCAAAUACUGAAUCUUUCUUCCAGUUGUUUUAAACUAGUUUUAUUGGACAAAGGUGAUACAGACUAGAAUAUUUAUGAGACUAAAACUUGCUGCUAGUUUUUAUGUAUUUCUUUCAUACCAUGCAAAUUAGAAAAUUAGCUUGUUAGUUUUGCAUGAUUUUGCUAAAGCUUUUACUUUAACAUUUGAGUCAAUCAUCUGAUCGGUUCCAGUCCUUGCCUGUGUUAUUUGGGAUUUGAGGCCUAUUCACUUUUUUAGGUUGGUAUGUCAAGGUGAGCUGAUUUAGGGCAGAAUGUAUCUUGUGAUUGCUUCUAUCUUCACUUUGUAUUGUAUGAUAUCAGCCUCUACUUACUCGACAUCACACUGUAACAGUUUGUGUAAAUGGAACUUUGUUCAAAGCAGAUAAGCGGAAAGCAAUCUUAUAUGAGGAUUUUGUCGUGUUUAAUUCCUGUACUUGACUGCAGUAUUGUAGGAGUGAAGCCUCGUUAAUACUUGGCCUUACAUGGCUUCCUUUCACAGGAGUUCCAUGGCUUUUGUUAUGACCUCUUCUGAGCAAAAGCCAUCUAUAUCACUUAGAAGACUACAACGUUUCCUUGUAGACUGAAGAUGGAAGCUGUUCGGAAGAUCAGUCUGGAGACUCUGAGCUGGCAUUAGUUUGGUGUGAGUGAGUUCGUACUGCCAGUGCAGCUGUUGGCUUGAUAGGCUUUGCUCUCAGUCGGUUUCCUUUCUUCCUCCUGCUGUAAUUUCAUCCUUUUCAUUGUGUGGUUCUUUGUAGUGGAGAAUGCUGUUCUGAUGGUUUGCAUGGGAUAGCCUAAUGCUAUUCAGGCCUGGACUUUGAAUCUUUUUUGUGAUUUAUAUAUUUUAAUACAUUUUUGAAUCAGUGUCUUCAAAUGAACUCUGCCUGAUAGUAUUUCCAUAUUUAGGUAUUAGAUCUGCAAAUUAGAAAGUUUUUGGCAAUCAUUUUUCAUUCCCUCGUACUGAUUUACUAAAAAUUAUUAUUGUCCCGCAUCUGAUAUAUACCAGUGACCCAAACCCCAUUUGUUUUCUCAGGUACACUAGUGAUACUAAUCACAAGUUCAAAUGCCAGUUUGCAUGUCAAUAAAGUUAUUUUUGAUUACUUUACAUUUGUGUACUGUGUUCUGUAUUUCUCUAUAAUAAAGGCCAUUGUUGUUACCAGUUGUUUUUUUUUUUUAAUUGCAGCAUUUUAGAGCUUUGGGUAUUGAACAGUAUAGAAGGGAUGGUGGUGGUUAACUGUUUUUAAACACCAUUAAAAUUGUCAAAUAUUCAGGUACAAUGUUACAUAAAUUCAGUUGUUUUGCUAGUUCUACAAAAGGUAAUCAUCUUUCCACAAAGUAAUAUUAUAAAGAAGAAUGCACUGUAAUAAAGACUAUUGUGGCAGUGCCUACUAUUCUGUUCAAGAGGUUUGUAAGUAAGACUCUGCCAAGUGGCAGGGUAGGACCAUGGGAAAAUAAAAAUAUAGGAAGCUACUUAAUACAGAGUCAGACAAUUGAUCCAUCUAGCCGAAUAGUGUUGAGAGUGAUUGCAACAACUUUGCAGAGUUUCAGGCGGAAAGUUUUUUACUCUACCUGGAUUGAAUCUGGGAUUUCUUGUGUGCAAAGCAGGUGUGCUACCGUUGAGUUACCACUUGUCUUGUAGUAGGUGACCUACUAGAAUGUCCCAGGGAUGAGGCUGUCUGGCAUCCAGGUCCCUGUGGCCCUCUCCCAGUUUUCUCCUACCUCCCCAGCCCUCACUUUUAGAACUAAAGCACAAAGCUAAUUGCAUAGUAUAGUAAUGUGCAAUAUAAAACAUUAAUUCAAAAGUCACAAUGUUGGAUUCUGCGUGUGAUGCUUUGGAUUUAAAAACAGUGAAAAUAUGUGCAAGCGCAUUCAUGCACUUGCUAGGGGUACAGCAGACUUUGAGAAUGGUAGAGCAAAUAGGAAUUUCCAGAUAAUGACGACUAGUUGAGAAGCUUGAGCCAGAACAGUGGAAGGGAGUACAGGCAAUCAGAUUUAGUCUUCAUUACUCAUUAGGUACAGCAAACAGGAAUUGGAGAGGAAAUCUUAGCAGAAGCUCUGGGCAGAGAAUACUAAUGUAAAAAGGGCCAAUCACGUUUCAUCUUGGAGCUGUGUUUCUGCUCUUGUUUUGAUCUCAGUGAUCACCACAUUUUAAGGGGGAUUUUUUUCCUCAGGGCUGAUUGCUUUGUGAUGCUAAGGUUUGUUUUCUGAGAUAGGGUAUAAUUUACUGCAUGAGCUACUAGAGUGUAUGUCAUGUGGUAUCAUCUUUCUCCAUAAGGCAUCCUGCAUUCUUUUCCAUUGUCUUUGGCAUGCUGUAAUCAGGGUAAAAGGCUGAUUUUUUAAAGCUGCUUGCCUAGGUACAAGAGAUCAUCUAUCAUUGCAGGGAGUAAUUCUGCAGAUGCUAAUAGCACUCACUCAUUGUGUAUCUCUUUACAUGUCAUUUCAUCGCUGCAGCUUUCUUUAAGCCAUGAUGAACUGUAGUGUCUGAAAGCAUCAUUCUAAAUAUUCAAUCUGUAAUUGUAGCUUGUUGGGUCAUCCAAACCCAGGGACUGUGGGUUAGGACAAUAUUACAAACCACAACUUUGACUUGAAUAUUUAAAACGGCUGUUGGCAUGCACCACAGCCAAACGUGGCUU